UCGUUUUCCCACACUGUUGCAUUUUCUUAUUUAUAGCACACUCAAUGUUCACUCUCAUUUUGCAAUUUGAACGGGACCCACCUCAAAUGCCUUUCUUUUUCCCUCCUUUCGCUUCCUAGAUUCUACCCCUCUUCUUCUUCAACUGCAUAAUAAUACAAACCCAUUUCAAACGAUUCAAAGAAAUUAAUAAUUCAUACCACCAGUCCAUCAACCAAUAACAAUGGAAAAGUAUGAAGUAGUUAAGCAAUUAGGAGCUGGUAAUUUUGGCGUUGCACGUCUUAUGCGGCAUAAGGAAACCAAAGAACUUGUUGCCAUGAAAUACAUCGAGCGUGGUCAAAAGAUUGAUGAAAAUGUGGCCAGAGAGAUUAUCAAUCAUAGGUCGCUUCGUCAUCCCAAUAUUAUUCGAUUUAAGGAGGUGGUUUUAACACCAACCCAUCUGGGAAUUGUAAUGGAAUAUGCGGCCGGUGGUGAGCUUUUUGACCGUAUUUGCACUGCGGGUCGUUUUAGCGAGGAUGAGGCUAGAUAUUUCUUCCAACAGCUGAUUUCUGGAGUUAACUACUGCCAUUCCAUGCAAAUUUGUCAUAGAGAUUUGAAAUUGGAGAACACAUUGUUGGAUGGAAAUGCUGCACCUCGUCUAAAGAUUUGUGACUUUGGUUAUUCCAAGUCAUCUCUUCUACAUUCAAGGCCUAAAUCCACGGUAGGAACUCCAGCAUAUAUAGCACCUGAAGUUCUUUCGAGGCGAGAAUAUGAUGGAAAGUUGGCAGAUGUAUGGUCUUGUGGAGUGACCCUCUAUGUUAUGCUGGUCGGAGCAUACCCCUUUGAAGACCCUCAGGAUCCGAAGAACUUCAGGAAGACAAUUACCAGGAUUAUGGCUGUCCAGUACAAAAUCCCUGAAUAUGUUCACAUAUCACAAGAUUGCAGGCAUUUGCUUUCUCGAAUCUUUACUACCAAUCCGGCUAGGAGACUUAGCGUCAAGGAAAUAAAAAGCCAUCCAUGGUUCUUAAAAAACCUCCCGAAAGAGCUAACAGAACAAGCUCAAGCCAUGUAUUACCAAAGAGAUAACCCGAGCAACCCAAGCUUCGCUUCUCUACAAAGCGUAGAGGAGAUCAUGAAAAUUGUGAGCGAGGCAAGGAAUCCGGCUCCAAUAGCAAAGCCAGUCUCGGGAUGGGAGGGUGAGAAUGAAGACGGAAAUAAUGAAGAAGCAGAAGAAGAAGAAGAAGAAGAAGAAGUCGAAGAAGAAGAAGAGGAUGUAUAUGAGAAAACAGUGAAGCAGGUCCAUGCAAGUGGAGAAUUUGUUAUCAAUUAAGCUCAAGAACUGGAAAAGGAUGUCUAUUGUAGUUUCAGUUUCUGAUAAGUGUGCAUACACAGCAAUCAGCAUAAGCUAGUAUUCCCAUUUCAGAAUCAAUUCAACAUGUUUCUUUUCUUUUCUUUUUUUUUUUUUUUUUUUUUUUUUUUUUUUUGCUGUAAGUUGUAACUUUUAUUAGCAUGUAUAAGGAUUAUUACUUUUAUAAUUUUUAAUGUUAAAUUGCUUUUAU